CGCGGCGUGUUGCUCGCGGCUCUUCGUGGUGAGGGAGAGGUCUGAAGCCGCGGGCGGAAGUUUCCUCAGCCUGGAGACGUGCGGUUUCCGCCCGUCCUGAUCCUAGCCGCCGACUUCCCCGGACAGCCUCCCUCCGCCCCUCCGUUCAGUUCUCGGCCCUGUGGGGACCUGGGAGCCUCGGCGCAGCGCCUCGCGCCCCGCCGCGCGGAUGCGCUGCGCCUGUGGGCGGGUGCGGUCCCCGGAGCGGCGGGGAGGGGCCCGGGCAGAGCGCGUCCUCCAAGCCGCUUGCUCCUUCUGGGGCCGGAAAUCACUUUGCUCCUCCUGGCGAGUUUGUAAGUUAGGGAAGCGGACUCUCCUCAGGAGAAGGGAGAGAAGGUCACGUUGCGGAGAAGGUCACGAUGCGGAGGGGCGGGGAGCAGGAGGCGGCAGGUGCGCUCCAAGAGGAUGUUCAGCUUUACUCCACGGAAAGGGGCCAGGCGCCAGGAGUGCAGGAAGGGCUGUCCUGAACCAGUGUGCCCGGCGGGGAAAGCGCUGUGAGCAGCCCCUCAAAGACCGGCUGGUGUCUCUGGAGGGGAUGCCCCCAGAAAUCUUGCUGAAGAUCUUUUCCUACUUGGAUGCUGUGACCCUGCUGUGUGCUGGAUGUGUGAACAGGCGCUUUUAUCACCUGGCCAAUGACAAUUUUAUUUGGUUCAGAAUCUAUACAACUGCAUUUUCACCUAAAAGAUGUAACUGGAAAGUUAACUCAGCAGAGAAGACCGCUGUAUCUACGAACUCACUGUCGGUUGAGGAUAAAGAAGCUGGAUAUUGGAAGAAAGAAUUUAUUACAAAGCAAAGAGCGUCUGUAAAAGCCGCGCUCGCUCGGGUUCUCCAGCCUGUCAACCCGGACACAGGCCUUCCCGUCAAAACCAAAGAGGCCCUCAGCUUUUCUUUCUCCAGAAUAUCUGGUUUAUAUUGGGUAAUUAUAUUGAAAGCAAAAAAUGGACAAGAGUACGUCAUGGAACACACUGACCUUUCCGUACAUGAUUCAUCAGUGACGAUUAUGUGGUAUGGCAAAAACUGGCCACAGCUAGCCAUGUUGUCAGCCUUAGAUUUGUGUGGUGUGACGCCAGUUUUUAUGGACCGGUCUAAAACCCCCUCCAAAAAUGGACCUCGGUGGCAUUCUUUAAUUGCAAAGUACAAUCUAAGUAACUUAACUGAAUCCACCAUGAUUGGCUGGGACAGCCUGAUUCGGAUCUUCUGUCUACACCCAGGCCUCCUGGUGGGGCUGUGGAAGAGGGAGGAAGAACUGGCUUUUGUAAUGGCAAAUCUUCAUUUCCAUCACCUUGUGGAGAAGAGCACGUUAGGCUCAGCCACUGUCCCCUACGAGCUACCUCCUCAUACCCCUCUUUUGGAUGACCACCCAGAGUACGGACUGCAUGGCUACCAGCUCCAUGUUGAUAUGCACAGCGGUGGAAUUUUCUACCUGUGUGGCACAUUUCGCAAUCUCUUUACCAAGAAAGGAUCCAUUGAAAAUGGAUAUGUGAAGCUUGUUGUUAUAAGGUUUAAAAAUAACACAGAACACCUACCUCUUAUUGGAAAAUUUGGCCUCUCUUGGAGAACUGAUGUUUUCGAUGGCUGUAUAAAGAGUUGUUCUAUAAUGGAUGUAACCCUUUUGGAUGAAUAUGGGAAGCCCUUUUGGUGUUUCAGUUCCCCCGUUUGCAUGAGAUCUUCUGGGCCCUCUGAUGGGCCUAACUUCUUGGGACAGACUUACUGUGUUGACUACGUGGACUCGGAAGGAAAAGUACAUGUGGAGCUGUUGUGGAUCAAGGAGACGGAAGAAUACUUCAUCGUCAGCCUGGUCCUUUACCUGAGGACAGCAAAAAUAAACCAAUGGUUUGGGACAGCGUACUAAGUACUGGCAGGAGGUGGCGAACUCCUGUUGCUGUUUGUUUGUUUUGGAGUGCUCACCGGUUGUGUUCUUGGUGUUGGAAGUUGAAAUAAAGCAGUCGUCUGUUUGAUGCCUUCUUCUUUCA